UAAAAAAAAAACAAAUACAUUAGUUUAUAUAUAUACAAACUAAACACAGCUAGAUCAUGAACCAUCUAUAUUUAUAAAGAAACUUUUCACAUUUAUUUUCAUAUAUAAACCCUCCAUUUUCAUCUGACUUUGUAUUUCUCCCCACCACCAUAAUUCUUCAAGACGUACACUUCUCCCCCAUAAAUACUCUUCAAAACGUCUCACGUCUCCAUUUGGUAUUCUCUCUCUCGCUCCCUACAGAGUGCAGGCACAAGAAUAUGUCUCGAAUAGGAUCCAAAAGAGUAAGCUUUAGUCCGGACCCUGAAGGAGGGAACGAGGAACCGAUCAUCUAUCCAACACACAACGGUCGUCGGAGGGUCGUCAGCGACGGAGUUUUCAGUUUCAGCGUCAGGAGUUCGCCAAGAGCGAGGAGAUUACUCCGGCGUAUUGGAGCCGGAGUCGCCAAAACGUUGCGUUUUAUGUCACUGGGAAGGAAGACUAGUAGUAACACCAAAUCCACGCAGUCUACUUCUACUUCUUCUUCGUCUUUGUCUUGUUCCUCUUCAUCGUCGAUUUAUCUGGUGAAGUCAAAGUCUGUAAACGAGUCAGAGUCUCACCGUGCAGAAGCUAUUGAGGACUGCAUCGAGUUCUUACACUCUUCUUCGUCUCUGUCGAGAUCAAACUCCAUCUCUGCCUGGUCUUGCUAUAAUAUGUGUGACCCACACAACUCAGGUUCCGGUCGAUUCAAAAGCUCCAAACAAAUUUUGUGAUGUAAAAGAGUUGAAACUGCAUAGAUCAGUUGAUUAUAUCUCCUUUUCUUUUUUAGAGUUAAUGACUCAUUUAGAUAGUUGCUACAGAUUCGUUAUAAUUCCUCAAUCUUUUUCUUAAGUUUUCUUGCAGACAAUAAGCCACUUCAUGGCUUUAUUUCGACAGAAUAUUAAAAUCGUACGGUAACUAAUAAAGACAUUUUAAGCAAAAUAAUAAUAAUAAUAAUAAUUACGACACAUUUGUUUACACUUUCGUGUUUUUUACAAGUGUUCACAACUAUGGUCAGAUUUAUUUUUCUAAUAAGUUGUACAGCUUUCGAAUUUUAAUGAACCAUUGAUCGUUGAAUUUCAAAAGUAUAAGAUUACGUUCAAACGAAGAAUUU